AAAUGGCCGACUGGCUCAGUCGGCUCAGUCUGUCGGGCUUUACACAGAUUUGUGUGACACGGGGAAUAGUGUCAUGGGGGAGUAAGGAUAAUGAUGAGGCAGGAGAGCUUCAACUUUGGUAUGAUGAGAGGAAUAACCAUUACUACCUUUAUGCCAGCAAUACAGCGGGAGUUGACAUACUGGUAUGUAAAGUUAUUGAUGUUUUUACUCUUCACUUCCAAAAGUGCUCUGACAAAAUCAAAACGUUAUUAACGAAGAAGUCGAAAUUUUAUUUCGUCCGAUACUGAAAACAAAUAGUACCAUGUGAGAGUACUGAUAAAGGGGUUUCGUCCAGGGGCUCAAGAGUAAGAACUAAAUGUUGUGGUUCCAUAAUAAUAUUGACUCUGGGAGUGAUAGGGUUUUAACUAUGUAUAUAUACGUGCCAACUCUCACGCCUGCGGGUUGAAAACUUCGAUCUCACGCCGGCUCACACCUGCGGGCCAAUUUCUCACGCCUGAUUGAAAAAUGUGAGUUGUUGCCGUCCUGCUUCACACAAUUUCCAAAAAUACGUUAACUCAGACCCAUGUAAGGAACGAAAACCAUUUGUAAAAUUAAUAAAUGGCAAUACCUUCCUCGCGAUCUCUGAUUUUUGGUUUUCUUUUGAUUUGGGGUAUGGUAAUGUAUGCUAAUGAAGUUGAAACAAAAGAAAAAUAAAAAUUACCUGAGACAAAAACUUAACUACAACAUAUCCAUUUAUUAUUUUAUAUGCCUUGUUCUUCAUUAAACAUUUAAAUACAGUAAACACCCACUAAAAAGAAACUGUGGAUUAAGAACCUUAAAUCUUCUGGCAGAAAUUUGCCACUUUAAUACCCAUGCAAAAAUACAAGAACCUGUUUAGCCUAGCCUACGUUGCAGCCAGCCCACGCACUUGUCAUUUGUAUAGUCCAUUUGUGAACUAGUGCACAAAAGCUCAUUCUAACAUCUUGCAGGGUCGCAAAGACAUAUGUGAGCGUUUCUGAUAGGCAGGUUUCUUGCAGGUUAACGUUUGUUAUGCGCCUCAUGAUUGGGCUAAUUCUUAUGUGUGGGUGACGGUAAGGGCACAGUGACACGUCAAAAUUCACAGAAAGGAGUUGGCAAUGAUUGUUUGCAGUUUGGAGCAAAUUUAUAAUGAAAGAGCAGUUCAAACUUUAAAGCCUUCUUCUGCCCGAAAAAAUGCUUUGAGAGAAUUCCUUGUGAUAUAUUUUUUUUUAUAAGAAUUUGCUUGUAAAUUUGCCCUCUGGUUUUCCAGCAUCUUCCUAUCACUACUGAUGCACUGUCACAUAUUCUGCAAUCUAGCUGACAGUUCUAGGCUUCUAGCGUCCAAAAAAAAAUCAGGAAAUCAUUAUCUUAUCUGUAAUGAACAAUGGUUUUACAACAGGACCUUUUGGACUAAGUAGGGGAGUAAGGCAGGGAGAUCCCCUCUCUCCCUACCUGUUCAUAAUAGCUUUGGAGACCUUAGCUAUAAAGAUAAGAGAAGAUGAUGGCAUUAAGGGCAUUACAAUACGAGAUGAACCUGUUAAACUUUCCCUUUUCGCUGAUGACAUGACCUGCUUUAUCAAAGACAGUAGUUCUUAUACCAACCUAUUCGUUACGCUGAAUACUUUUGGUGAAUGUUCUGGUUUAAAAAUAAAUGAUGAAAAAACCGAAGCCUUAGCUUUAGGAAAUAGUAGUUCUCUUUGGGAGGGGUAUUCUGAUAUGCCUAAUCUUUGUGACACUAUUAAAAUUCUAGGCGUCUACUUUGGCUAUGACGCUAAACAAAGAGAUGAAUUGAAUUUUAGGAAUACUUUGAAAUCACUUAAGAAGACGAUCAAUUUGUGGAAAUGGCGUGGUCUUUCUCUCUUAGGUAGAAUACAAAUUGUAAAAACCUUUGCCAUCCCUAAGUUUAUGUUUAGAGCAUCGGUGUUGCCAAUUUCUAAAGACCUUAUCAAAGAGGCCGACUCGCUUUUUUACUAUUUUAUUUGGAAUGGGAUAGAUAAAGUAAAACGAAAUGUAAUGAUUUCGGAAGUUGAGAAGGGUGGCUUAAAUAUGCUCGAUAUUGAUUCUAUGGUUCGUACCAGACGAGUGAUAUGUAUUCUAUAAAAGUCCGUGGAAAGCUUUUUUAAAUGAGGUUCUUAUCCCCGUUGGUGGGAAGCUCAUAUUGCAUUGUAAUUUUGAUACUUCUAAAUUAAGAAUUUAUUUACCAAGUUUCUACAAGCAAUGUCUCGAUGCGUGGUCAGAAGUAAAUGCAAAAACACCCAGCUUGCUACAUGAAAUUGCAAAUGAAGUUAUUUGGAAUAACAAGCUUCUCUGCAUUAAUAAGAAAUCUGUGUAUCGUAGAGAUAUUGCAGAUUUAGGGUUUUUAAAAAUUUGCGAUUUAUUUUCAACUAAAGAAAAUCUCAAUACAGAGCAAGGUUUCUUCAUUAUGGGUAUUAUUAACUCUAUGCCUGCCAGUUGGCGCUUGACAAUUAAAAGGGCAACUACUGCACCGGUGAUUGAUCCACUUCGGAUUCACCUGCUAUCCUAAUAAGUAACAAUUUGGUUCCAAUUCUUGAUGCUUCCUCAAAGCAAAUCUACCGGCUUUUCCUGGAGAAAAAACAAACAACGCCUACUGCUAAAGUAAAGUUAGCUGCAAAGUAUUCAAACAUUGAUAUUGAUUGGAAAAGUGUUUAUUCGCUACCUUUUCGCACAACAUUAGAAUCUAAACUUAGAGAAUUUCAGUUUAAAAUUUUAAACCGUAUUGUCUUUACAAACGAAAAACUGUUUCGUUUCGGAUUGGCUGAGUCGCCAUCCUGUGCUUUCUGCCAAACAGAGGUUGAAUCCGUAGAGCAUUUACUCUUUUCCUGUAGAGUAUCAUCUAGUUUUUGGAAACAUGUCUUGUCCUGGUUGCGCGAUAAUAACGUCUCUGUUGAUAACCUUAAAGAGGAGGACGUCAUUUUUGGUAAGUUCGAUAUUGCAGAAGAUUUUCUCCUGUUUAACCAUAUGUUGCUUCUGGGUAAGUUUUAUAUUUACUCUCGGAAAUACCAGAAUGGUAUACCUUCUCUUCAAGGUUUUAUAGCCAGGACAAGGCGUAUUUAUAACAUCGAACUCCAUAUUGCCAGGAAAAGAGACAAAUUAAACAAUCAUUUUAGAAAGUGGGAAAAGUUAAUAAGCGUUUUUACGUAAAAGUGAUGUUAUGAUUAAUUUCAACAAUAAGUUUAAAGAGAUGUCAUUGUAAUUUACAUGGUAAGUAACUUAUUGCUGUAAUAGCUUUGUAUUUUUUGUUUUGUUUUUUUUUUUUUGUUUGUACUAUAUAUGUGUGUGUGUGUGUGUGUGUGUGUGUGUGUGUGUGUGUGUGUGUGUGUUUUUUUUUUCUCUUUCUUAAUUUCUAUUUUGUAUGUAAACGUAAGAAAUGCUUUAAUUAAAAAAUAUUAAAAAAAAAAAAAAGGUUAUUUAAAGGAGCUUAAGGCUUAAACUAUGGUGGCCAAAGGGGACAUGCUGCAAAUAAAAAAGUUGCUGCAAAUUAAAUAAAGUUGCUGCAAAUAAAAAAUAAUUGCAGCAAAUAAUAAAAAUAGUUGCUGCAAAUAAAAAAUAAUUGCAGCAAAUAAUAAAAAUAGUUGCUGCAAAUAAAAGCAGUUGCUGCAAAUUAAGUGACAGGAAAGUAUGCGCAUGCUCUGAUGGGAAGAGGAGGAAUCAGUAUAGUUGUAAGGAAGUUAAAGACAGACCUGCAAGGACUCCCAAUGUGGUUUUUGUGGUUGCGUUGAAUUAUCAACUACCUUCAAGUUACAUUUUUGCACUCAAGCAUGUCUUUUGUAGGAUAUGGUUGGAGGUCUUAAACUGUUUUCAGCACUGCAGAGGCUGAUUUUUUAUUAGACCUGUAGACUCCAGUUUGCCAUCAACGUCUUUUUAAGAUCUUGUACCCAUGGGUUAUAUGUUGUAACGAAAGGCAAUAGUCUCUCUUUAAUUUUUUGUUUUAACCCCUAUCAGUGGCUCGAGUCAAGGUUGACCCCUGACAACGACCUUUCUAUAUCUGGUUUAGGAUAUUCAUGUGCUUCAAGUUCGCAAGGCACACUCUUCAAAUGUUUUUUUUUGAGGAGUUUUUUCUAAUCAAAAUUAUCUUAUUUCUUCGCCUUUAAUGAAACUUCUUUUUACCCCGAAGGGUGGAACGAGAUAAAGUGUACAUAUUGAAAGGUUUUAGUCGGCUUAUAGUGGGAUUUGGUGUCCAAUGAAGAUGAAUUUCUCUGUGAGAUGUUCUCCUUUGAAAACUAUUGUAUCAAGGAAAGUUAUUUCGUUAUCUCAUAUUUCAGCUGUGGACGUGGACUUUUUGGGAUGGAAUUUGUUAGUUUCUUUAAUAAAAAGUUAGGUCUUUUCUGUUACAGUCCCAAAGAAAGGAAACAUCAUCAAUGAAAUGUUCCAUUGGUAUUUAUGUUGGAUUGGGUUUAUUAUUAUUAUUUAUUUAUGUUGGAUUGGGUUUGUUUCAGUCUCUGCCUUGUAGAUAUUUGCAAAGGACACUGCUUAUGCCCAAUGCAACUCCUUGGGUUUGAAGAUAAUUGUUUCAAUUGAACUCAAAUAAGUUUUCUGUCACUGAGGAUGAGGCCAAGCAUUUCGUGAGUGGGCCCUGGAUACAACUAUACUGAGUCCUGCUCUUCCCAUCAGUGUGUGUGCAUACUUUCCUGUCACUUGAUUUGCAGCAACUAUUUUUUUAUUUGCUGCAAUUAUUUUUUAUUUGCAGGAACUACUUUUUAUUUGCAGCAACUUUUUUAUUUGCAGCAUGUCCCCUGUGGGCCACCAUAUUAAACAGAGGUAAAAGAAAAUCAUUACAUGGUAAACUGCAUUUGUGAUCAAAUCCUGUCAGAAAACAUCUGCAGAAACAUAAACCAUAGGAACUAAAUUGCUCAAUAUGCAUGGACCAGACCAGCUUCCUCAACCUCUAAAUGUGAGACUCAAAGUGGUAACAUAAAAUUUGCUCAGUAUAGAAUACUCCAUGCACUGCAUAAACAACGCAAAAAGAGAGCGAGAAAAAGGUUGUUCGAGCUGACUCUUCGGUCACGUCAAUUGCACUAUCAAAAGCUCAAUCUCCCUUCUCACAAGCUAUAUAUAUUACAUAAAUUAGUCGUGUUUGGCCUGUCAAUGCUUAAUUCAAAUCGGACUAAUCACAUUAAACUGUGUAACAAACUAGCCAAUCAAAAAUGCUCACAUAUGUCCUUGCGACUGCGGGAUUCAAACAUGAUAUUGUGAAGCAAGUUUAGCCAAAGGAAGAUCAUCAUUGCAAGUUAAGCUUAAAUUAUGAUAAACAAUUUAACAAAGGGGGGUAACUAUGAGUUGUAAAAAGGGGGGUACCUAUGAGUUAUUUUUUAAGUAUAUUCAUAAGUCUCGCUUGCUUAAGAAAUGAGGAGGCAAUUACAUCUACAUGAAGCAGAUUUCCUUGUGACAAGUUUUUAACUUCCUACUUUAUCGACAGUCAAGUAUUCUUCAGAUAUUUUAUUUUAUAUAUGGUAUUUGACAACUUGUUUCUGAAUUGGUUGAGUACAUGUGUAUAAUACACGAGAAUUAAGGGCCUAGAUUCGAGUACGAGAGAAAUUACAUCAUUGCGAAAGAGCAAAAAAGUGAUGAACAUGGCAUGUCAUUUCACUCAUUGCUGAAAAUGAAAUGUUCAAGGAAAGUUUACAACACCCGACCAGUUAGCCACACCAUCUGCCCCAUUGAUCGAAGUUUUGCUCAUUAAGAUUCUUCUUUUUCUCGACCACUUGUUCCAAAGUAAUCAGCACUUUCAAGCAAUAGAAUUUUGUGGACCAACCUAUUCCGGAAAAGCUCUAAAUCUUUUGCAUUAACUUUUCCUAAGCUUUCUUCACAAAACAUUAGUGGCUCCUGAGUCAUGCCGCAAUUCUUUAUUAUAACGCCCUCUUUCCAUGGUCUCCGCUAUGUUCAACCCUGCAGGGACCAUGUCUUCCCUUUUGUGGACUAAAUACAAGGAACAAAACAUGGCUUACAGAUUCUGAAUCUGUAGUUGAGACUAACAAGAAAUUUGGCCAUCAGUUUUGUUAGGGUUAUAUGACAUAAUACAAUUAUUAUGAAUAACUUAAAAGUUAAUUUAUUUUUGUGAUUUUAAAUCAACAAUCUAUCUCCUUCAUAUGUAAAAACUAAGAACCUACAUAGCCUAAAUUGCCAUUAAGUACCCCAAAAUACAAGAACCUUUUUUGCCAGACUUUAAAAAAAGUAGGUUCUUAUUUUCUGGUGUUACUGUACCUCAUUUAAUACCAGUUUUAUGUAAAUGAUUGGCCACCAUGGUAGCUUUAUGCACCACAACAAUAGGUUCAUGAGGAAUUGAAGUGAGUGAGUUCACUUGAUUCAUGUAAGAACUUUUAAUGAAUAAACCAGUGCUGUGUUUACAUUUGAUCAUUACCAAUUCACUGAGGUUAUUUUAAAAUGCCUUUCAUGUUUAGUGUCAGCAGAAAAUACAUGUACAUUUAACAACAAUAAACUGUUUAAAAAAUUUAAGGAAAAACUUGCAGUGACUCUAGGAGCUAUAUUACAUGAAUAGCUGCAUAGGUUCAUGAGAAAAUGGAAACUGUUAUCCUCCACACCAGGAUGGGGUUUAUACUUCCCCCCACGGAGGGCACCAGAAAUUCCAAUGGGAAAGGGGUCCAAGAGGAGGCAAUUUCCAAGGGGGUGGGGACAGAUUCUCAAGGUCUUUUUUUCCAGGGACUUUGAAACAAGAAUUAUUGUUUUUAUUGAUGAUCCUACAUUUAUAACAGUUUAAUAUAGCUGAAUGCUUUUUCCACAGCUUAACUGUAUGAAUGUAGUCUACAUGUAUCUAAUAUGAAUGUCAUCGGCUCAUGAAUAAUGCCGGUCAUCCAGCUCAUUGCUUUAUAUUUCACAAUAUAAUUGUGGAAUUCUCUGUGUUAUGGUCAUGUUCUAUCAGCCUUCAUCUAACUUGUUUUUAACAGAAAGGAGGUAAUUGUUUAUUGUUUAUUGGUUCUUUCAUAGAUGCUCUACUGACUCAUUAGUACACUGGACAAAACUGUUCUGGAUUGAUGUAAUGACUAGGCCGUAUUAUACAAAAAUGAAACAAGCCAAAGAACCUCAAUUAUAUUUAUUCUUUCUCUUUUGAAGUUUAUCAAAUUCGACAUAUGGGAAAAUAUUUUCAUGUUGAUCACGCAAGGAGGACUUGCAUUACAGUCUAUCCAAACAUGGUAACAAAAUCACAAAGGUAUGCAAAAUCACGUGAUUUCUAAGAAAAAAUAAUGAAUUAAAAAAUGAAGGGUUGUUGUGUUAAGAAUAUCCCGCCAUUUUUGUGGAUGGUUUGAAAAGCAUUCUAUGGGAAAACACAAGGAAAACUUAAGGACAGUCUACAACACAUUUGACCACUGAAAUAUGGCACUUUCUUCAGACUUUCAUCAUCUUAAAACUCUUCUUGCCACUAGAUUGGUCUUCCAUUCUGUUUUGAAGAUGGCAGCCUGUUGCUCACACUCUGUUCCAGCAGCCACGAAAUGCUGCUGUGUUAAAGCAUAGUCAGCCAAGAACGAACAGACACUGCUAUUUGGGCCUCUCUAACAGUUGCUGGACCAUAUUAAUGUCUUUACUCUCUUCUCUCAGGAGCUUGCCAUUUAGUCUCACGUUGUGUUGCCCAACAGCUUGAAACAACUGUGUGGAUUUGCCUUGUGGCCCUUCAGUGGUAGCAUAUAUAUGUAUCACAGCUUGAAUCUUGACUCUAUGAACUGCUGAUGUAUCAAAGGGUUAUACUGCUUGAAUGGAAUGGAAAUUAUAGGGGUGUGGGUGGUCUAAAGUAAUAGUGCCCUCCGUAGGGGUGGGGGGGGGAUAUUAUGGAUGUUUUCUGGAACUACACAUUACAGUUUACUCAAAACACAGUCAACUGUAAGUUGUGAGUCAGGCAACAAAUAACCCUUGUUUUUAGUACAUGUUUUUGUGGUAAAAGUAGUAUACAUGUAGUAUUAAGAGGUCUUUGCAUUUUUUAAACUUUUUUUGCAAUAAUUAUUAUUUCAACUCAUGAUCAGUUGCUUUAAAUGUCAGAAAGUAGGUUAAGUUCCCUGAAAUUGAUUUCUUGGAAUCGAACCCAUUCAGUCGAACUUCUCUAAUACGGACACCAAAAGGACAGAGCGAAGUGUCCAUACAGCUGUAUUAGAGAGGUGUCCAUAUAAAAGAGCUGAUCACUACAAUGACGUCACUUUUAUGACUCCACUUACAGUUUUAAGUGUUCAGUUGCUAGAACCAGGCUUACACUUGUCUUUAAACUGCAUUUAAGUUUAUUAAUUCACAGUACAAAGACACUGUCUUUCAGUAGCAUACAAAAUUGUACAUAUCACCUACAUACGUACAGUCGUAGACAAAUCAUGAUCACUGCUUUAAGACGAAACGAGCUACAGCGCAAUGCUGCAUGUAAAAAGUUGUAACGUAUUUGCACAAUUCUGAAAGUGUCUUUCACUAUUUUGCAAGGCAGUAUUAACAGUAACUAGAGUACAAAAUGUAACACAAUGUGUAGUUAUUGAAGCCUUCAAAAAGUUGGUUAUUUUCCUCUGUACACCUUUUGCAAAUUAAUUGUUUGGUAUAUGGCGACUGGGCUUUAGAAGUCACCUUGCCUAGCUCAUCAGCCAGACUAGAUGGGAUUUACCCUGUGCAACUUCACCUGAUCGGGAUCGGGUGUUCACCCGAUCACUACAGUGUCCAUAGUAAAGAGGUUAAGUUUAUAUUAAUUUACUCUCUCGGGCCAAGAUUUAGUGCCCAUUGUCCGUAUUACAGAGAGUCCGUAUUAUAGAGGUUCUUUUUUAAAGAAAAUACAUGAGAAUUUUGUCGGGACAUAAUUUGGAAACUGUCCGUAAUAUAUAGAGGUGUCUGUAUUAGAGAAGUGUCCAUUCUGCUUGAAUCAUUAUCUUGAACAUAUUGCUGAAAAUAUUUUUAAUAAUGUUAUUUUCUUUUUUUACCAUUUAAAGGGAGUCAGGAAUUUGCAUUUAAGAGGGUACAGCAUACAUAAUCCAUCCAUAAAAGUCUAGUCUUGUCAAAUUAUGUGAUUUUUCUAGAAUGAGAUUUUAAUAGACCAAUAUUGAUGAAAAUUUAUGGUAUAAAGAUUUACAACAAGCUUAGAAAGUUAGAAAGAAUUGUACAUGAUGUUUCAAAAGCUGAGUAGCAGAUACAUCUAACAUUCAAGUUUCUCUUAUAGAUGUUUUUGAAUAAUUGCUGUGACUUAACCUUAUGGAUUAAGUUGGCCAAUGGCAUAUUUUGUUAUUGAAUCUACAGAUUUCAUAGUUUUUUAAAGUAUACAAAUUCACCUAAACAGUCAAUUUUUCACAAUUUUUUUCAUCACUUUAAUCUGUCACCAUUUUGGCACACCAUUGACAGGAUGUAACAAAGGGCUAUACAGGGUGUCCCAAAAGUUCUUUCCUCUCCUUUAUAAGUCUGUAAUGCAGUACGAUUGCACUUGAUCAGCGGAUAAUUUAAACUAAAGUUGUGACUUUCAAUCUAAUUUAAUAUUAUUUUCAUACUUCUUGUGCCAUCUUUUGACUCGAAAUUCGAUUUGUGUAAUUUCACGCCAAAGGUGCGCUGCGCGAGUAAAUUUUCCCGCCAUAUAUUUUUUGCAUUAAUUUUUUUGUAGCCCGAAAUGCUCGAACUCCUAACCUGUUUUGUGUGAGUAUCCUGAAAGAUAAGCCCUCUCAACAAAAAAAACACUCAGCCACGUGCGAGCAGAAGCAUGUAUUUCUAUCUACUGGCUUUUCAGUUAAAGAAAUUCAAUAAAAAAAAUGGAAAAAUCCGAAUGUUGGGAGUUAAGAUGGUCAUAGAGAAAUGAAGGUUUUACAAACAAGAAACGAGAGGAAAGACCGAAAGUCCUGAAUAAAACUGCUAAAGUAGUUUUAAACAAGGCCAUGUACAAAACAGAAAACCCAGCGAGGUAGAUCUUACAACAGUUAGCAAGUUAAGUCUGGAGUAGGUUCACGAAAAGCAAAGUUUUGGAGACCCCUGAGAUGGCAAAAAACCUUUACUCCCGGCCAGGGCCAUCCGCCAAGCAAUGUUCAGCUCGUCUCAAAUUUGUAAAGAAGAACAAAAGCCUGCUUACUGUGGAAAGGGGACGGAAUGAUCAUCUAUUCUUAGAUCCAUGCCCAAAAGAUAUUGCUUCAGCUGCCUUAUCUACAAAAUUAUAUUGUUUGGGGGUCGAAGUGACUCCUGUAUACUAGGUGCUAAAAAAGCUCAAAAUGAAUCAUCUACAGGGCUCUACAUGCUACAUGGCUUAUCUCACUUAAUGCCGAAACAGCUACAGCGUGUGAUAAAAAACAAAGGGGGGAUGCCGGUAACUGAACUUCUGAACACAAAUACUCGAUAGAGUAAGAAACAUAUUUUAGAAAUUUCAUGUAAAAAUGAAGUUUUGAUCAAAAGUUAUAGCGCAUGAAAUUAGAGGAACAAACUUUUGGAACACCCUGUAUAUCUGAUAGCCCAGGGCUCAAGUGAGGCCACACAUGGGGUGUCCAGUGAGUUUAGCAGCAUUUGCCAAGAUAAGGAAUAAUCUGAAAUGCUACAGAAAAGGGGACUGGGGUUGGUUGACCAGCAUGAAUGCUUUACUGUGGCUACUAAACUUCAGCAACAGUUUGCUCAAAGGGCAAUGAGUUUUAAUUUUCACCUCACCGUGAUUGAGGCACCUAUCAGCUUCUUCUCAGUAACAAAGGAGCUGUGACAUUAAGCAACAGUAACGGUGGAUUUAGGGGUAGGCCUUUUUUCCUUGAAAUUGUUUUGUAUUAUUUUAUAGAAUUCUCAGAACAAUAAAACGUUUCUAUAUAGCUGGCAAGUGGGCAAGUGUCCCAGCCACCCUUUUCUAAAUUUUCUGGAUCCACUCCUGGCAGAUGCUGGUAAGAUGAGUUGAUGAGAGAUUUGGUCAUUUUUGAUAACUUAUUUAGAGACCAAAAACCAAUUCCAGCGUACAGCAAAUAAUACAAAAUGUAAACUUCACUGUACUAAUCCUCUUGGUGGUCAAUGUUCACUGCUUACGAAAAAUGUACAUGUAUGCAGCGUGCAAAGAAAGUAGUGUCUGAUAGCCCGGGGCUAGUGGAUUUUGCUAUCGGGCUAGUGCAUUCUGUUUUUAACUUGCCCAUCGGGCAAGUUAAAAACAGAAGAACUGUGAAAUCACUUCUGCUAGUCAGUAAGUUUAAAAAAAAACGACGUCUGGGCUAGUAAAUGCUAGCUCCAGCUUGCCCAAAUAGCAAGCUUUAAAAAUGAUUUUCUUUGCACCCUGUGUAUGUGUUGCAUGCCAUUAUCAAAAUGGAAUAAAUUAUGCAAAAGAUUCCAGUUAAACCACACUAACCAAGUGUGCCAGAGAAGACAGAAAAAAUUAAUAACUCAUGAUCAGGUUUGUGGAGAUUGACCAGAUGGAGAGAUCUAGGUUGGUAGGUACAUGGAAAGGAACUAAUAAUUUCUGUUGUCAGGGACUUGACUGACAGCCUUGUUUGUGUAUUUUCCUCCAGUAAUAACAGUUGCUUAUGGUUGUCAGUAGAUCGAUGACAUGUGACGAUGGUGUUUCCAUCCCUUUUUCUAAUAGUUUAUUGUUCCUCCUGCUCUUCAUUGAAUUACCUUUCCAUGCUGUUUUUCCAGAUCUAAAUCUGCCAUUAAGGCUGGUCAACAGGAAGUAAGAUUUUUUGAUUGUUUUUCUUCCUGUGGUUCUGAUACUGUGUAAGCUUUCCUUGGGUUUCUGAGGUUGAAAUUGAAAUAGCAGUUACAAAAACAAACUGCAUGUAUACUGCUAGUUCAAAAGUACUUCAAGAAACUUCCUCUUCUUGGCUUGCCAUUAUCUCUUUUUAAGCCACUACGGGUAUGAUUUUGUGAUUUCUCUUUUUCCAAAAUUUGGGUAUGAUUGUAGGUCAUGUGUAUACUGUUUCACUAUACAGUACCUGGAGUAUGAAAAUCAACUCUUUGAGUUAUUGGGAUCUGAAAUAUUAUUUUUUGAGGUCCCCAAAGUCAGCAGCCUAUGUUAUUUUUGCUAUUUCAUUUAUGGGUACUUUCAUUUUGGUUUCGGUUCAUAUCAUUCUCAUAGUUGCCUUGCCCUGUUUGUUCGGUGAAGCUAAGCCCUGUUAGGCAGGGUUAGUACUGGGAUAGGGGACACCUUUUGGGAUACUGAUAUACUUCGACUUUAAGUUUAUUUUUCAAAAAAAAGAGUUUCAUUGUUUAAACACGCUUAUAGAGGUUACAUUUAUACGAUUUAGAGUCAGAAGAAAUUGCAAAGGACUUUCUUUGAUCAUAUUCGUGUGUUUAUUGCAAGUAGCUAGGGGAAGUGGUGAGCUAGAGCUGACAUAUAGUCCUGCUUUUACUUGUUUAUAGCCUGUGGUGCAGUUAGCCAACAUAUCGUGUAUAGUAUAGACAUAGUUGGUUUAAAGAAGGUUAAAAUUGUCUGCGGUGCUGGCUAGCUUGUUUAUAGUACAGUAUUGUUGUAAAGUGCAAUAAACUCAACCAGAGUGCUGCACCUAUUGACAAUCAGCCAAUCACAAGUCAUGUUCACGAGGACAGUUACAGUAGUUGCCUGUCAAAAACAAGAUAGCUCUUUAAAUCUCAAAGUGCCGCCGGCCCAAGUGUGUUCAUUGCACUCUGAUAUUAAUUUAACUUAGAAAAAUUUAGUAGGUUUCAAAAAUUGUAUAUUGGACUUAAAAAUGAAUCAAAAUUAUGUUGAGCCAUUACCCCAUCCAGUAUAUAUUAUAUGCUAACAAUCUCAUCCAUGUUGGUUUUAAAAUUGAGCAAAUAGUGUAAUUGAUCAUCCUUUCCUUUGGGACACCUCCAUUCAGGGGACAAAAAAUUUGGUCCCAGAAAAUGUGCACAUAAUCUUUGUAUCUAUUACCUCUAUUGAAGGGACAAGUGACCUCUACUCAGAGGAAAGGGAGUCUUUUUCUGGGUCCAGAAACCUGGGUUUAUUUUAACGUCCAUUACCGCAGGGAACACCUCAGCACUCAGAAAGUCAUUGACCUCAAAGAGGGCUGAUAUCUUUAAGUGCACACUAAUAAAAAAAUCGAAGCUUUCACAAACUGAACUAUCUCACAUAAAUCAAUGAAAUGCACUUGAGUGAAUUCAACAGAUAAUUAUAGCAAUAACCAACACAAGUUUAUUCAGUAUUACCAUUUCUGUACAGGUGUUACCUAUUAAAAAAAGUAAAAUUAAAUUAUAUAAAAAUAGAAAAUAAAAACAAAAUAAAUAAAACAAUAGGGAGUUUAAUAUACCACGACGGUGACGGCCACCCACAAAAACGUCGCUUAAAAAGUGAAUUUCCAUUCUUGCAGUCUCUAUCGCGAUUACUCCAACUCAUUUACUUUGUUAAAUGUAAGCGAAGCCUUUUUGAGUUUUUGAGCCGAAUUCGUAAGAAUCAUAUUUAAAAAGGUUGAGUUUGAUCGUCCGGGUGAACGUAGUCCUGAAUAGGACUGUUACGUACAGAAAUGGUAAUACAGAAAUGGUAAUACAGUGACUGACGUUUCGACAACCUGUGCGGUAGUCAUCUUCAGAGUCAAAGUGAAUUGUAUCACGUCAGUUGAUGGUAUUAUACUCUGGUCAUUGAUCUGAUUGGUCAAUUAUGUCGCGAUGUUAUUGGUCGUCUGUCAGUUAAGCCGUGAUGUUAUUGGCUAUGAAGAUGUAUAACGUAUUCUACAGACUACUACCAACGUCUUAUUUUAGAAAGCUGGUUUACUAACUUAGAACAAACGCCACUGAAUCGUACCCAACAGUUACCAGCGCCGUACAAACGACUUACUGACGAGAUCAAGCAAAACUAACUACGAGAGAACAACCGGAGAACUGACAAUUUGACUAACAAUAGACGACUGUUUAACUGUGACAACAGACGGAUGGAAACGCACCAAUCUUUGAUUACGAGUCUUCAUAGCCAAUAACAUCACGGCUUAACUGACAGACGACCAAUAACAUCGCGCAUGUUGAUUCUUCAGAUUCGCGCGUUUUGGCCACCUGAAUUAUAGGGACAUAAAACAAUUAUCUCGUAAAGGGGGCGUCACAGGCACCCCAGGACCACACCCUAGUUACACCCCUGAGGAAGAGAAAGAUAAUUUAGCCGUCGCUUCUUUAGGUCCUCCAUAAGACGUAAAAUUUGGCAUUUUCCUGUCGUAGUCAUGCAGUGAUGGUUAAAAAAUGUACAAAAAGCGUGAUGCACAUGCAGAGUUGUUGCAUUGCCUAUUCAUUUCAACCUACUGCCUUUUUGACGUUUGUUUGUCGUCGCUGUUGUGGCAUCUUAAAGUCCCUAGUAAUGAUUUCUCUAUGCUGUCUUUGUUGGUUAAUUAUUAACAAACCCCAGCCCAACCUCUAAUCAGGGGGAACCUCUAUUCAAGGGACACUUGCUUUGGUCCCGAGGGUGUCCCCUGAAUAGAGGUUUCAUUGUAUUUGUUUAUCUAUUGCUUCAAGUUUGUUUUGUUUUGUUUUCACAGCUCACUUAAUAACUUUCUGUGCUUUGCACUGUGAGCCUGUUGACUUUCUUGAUCAGUAUUAUUAUGAUAAUCUUUGAUAACGAAGACUUUUUAAUGCUCCAUUUCUUGUACACUGUACAAGUUAAAAUUUACACCAAAUAGUAUUGCAUGAAACCUGAAAUGAUGCGACAAUGGCCGCUAUUGUCAAGUGAAAUUUACCCUACCUUAUAAAGUUGUUCUUCAGCUAUUAUUAAGUCAGUCGGAUAACGAUUUGUUCUCUGUCUUGCAUAAAAAUAUUUAUCAUCUUAAGUUAGUUUUCUUACCACUCAUUAUUCCCCUUUGUUCAAAUUGUAAUCUUUCAUUUACUGCAGGAGAGAGAAGAUGUUGCCUGGCUUGCUCAUGGUAGUAUAGGGAAUUAAGGGAGAUGUGGUGUUGCCCUCUUCCUAAAGGUCUGGGGACGAGCCAGGGACCACGUGGUCUAGUGUAUACUGGGCAACCUCAUAGAGAUUGGCUGGGAAGACAAUGAACAAACAAAGUAACCAUGGAACCCUAGCGCGAAACAAAAGAGCUGCAACAUAUAGGAGUCCAAACAAAUUAGAGGUUCUAAAGAGCUGCAAGGCUACGGUUUUGACAAAUAAUUUUUAGCUGAACGUAUUGAACAAAUGUUGCUGUAACUGAUGGUGCACCGGUUUAUAAUGGUACUAGUGAAAUCUCGGUUAAAUGGACGGUGUAGUUGUAUUCUGUUGUUAUUUUGCGGUACAAUAAACACCCGCAGCAGAAAUGAGAAUCUUCUUUUCUGAAGUCUAGCAAAUAAAUAAGUUCUUGUAAUUUGGGGUACCUUAAACGGCUUGGAAACUAAAAUUUGAUAGCAUUUUGUUUUGAAUAAGGGUAUGGGCAUGAUUUUCAGUUGAACAUGCUUAGCGAGCGUAAAAAUCGCAUCCAGUCUGAGGAUUAAUGAGAGAGGGAAAAUUUUAGAUAUCAGGCAUGACAAAAUUCAAGGGAACAUUGGUACUUAGAAACAACAUCUCACAGGCAUGGAAAAAAUGGGUUCAUGCCCUCGCAGCCCAAAAUUGACCCAGCUAAACUUAGUUCCCAGAUCUCUCGCCGGGUUGAUAAUUCAUUCCCAGUUUUUGCUCCUCUGGUUUGGCAUGCCGGGCAUGCAGAUCGUGAAGCCAGUUGGUUUGGCAUGCCCGGCAUGCCAGGCAAGAAAUUGGCAUGCCCAGCGAGACUGAUUUUGAUGUUCGCUACAGCAUCAUAUCCUGAGAAUCACAUAUAAUCGCCAAAUUUAUCUUAGGGAGCUUGAAAUGACAGGUUUCAUGCCUGGCAAUAAAUGCAGAUUAUAACAAAAAAAGUCAUGUUUGUCACAAUGUGUGUCACGGGAUCGACUGGCAAAACCGAAGACAGAAGCCUGGAUUUAUAAAUAAAAAGCACAACAAAACAACACUAUUCAUGCAAAAAUAGAAUACUUAACUUGCAAUCAAAGAUUAAUCCUUUUAUUUCAAACCGAUACUGACAUUUCUGGGUCCAUAUUUAAAUUUGAUCCCGGAAAAGCGUCUUAAACAAUAAGAUAACAAAUCUUCUCAGUAUAAACUUAUUCAUGCUUAAGUUUUAUCGCGUCGGAAUGUUUCCUGGUCAACAGUAUAAAAGACUGGUGAAAAUUAAGCUUACCAGGUCGUUCAAGUCAGUACGAGAGUACGACGUUAAUACUGCAAAGACGUUCUGAUCUGGUGAAUUUGGACUGCCUUCUCAGAGAGAUUUUGCUUAGUUUUUCAGUGCGCUUCUUGUCGGCUAUGCGAAUCUCGCAAACUGUUUUAGUCCUUGCUGACGAUAGUCCUUUGAGCAACGUCAUCUGCGUCAUCCGAAGAUACCCCGAGCACGCACGAAAUCGGCCGAAUUUCCGCAGAAGUGUUUUCGGAUGACGAUGAAUCUAGUUUGUUGUAGCGUGGCAGUUGUGGCGUCACGAUGUCGUCAUGUCUCUUCGCAUUUGUUUGUCUUUUUUUUCUGCGGUGCAUGGUUGAGAUGUUGGUGAAAGCUGGACAAGAAAUGGAUUCUGCGAGAGACUGUAAGUACAAAUUUAGUAUUAAUUUGGUAAAGAAAAAGCCUGAAUAUCGAACAAAUCCCGUGAAUUAGUCUUUUGGCAUUCAGUUUAUCUUACUGUUGAGCAUGCCUAAGAACUCCGGCAUAAGUGUCAUAAGUGGCUGUCAACUCGUUCACUUCGGAUUGUUUCUGAUUGUAUGUCUUGUAAUCUUCUUCUGCUGCUAUGAAGACUAGAGAAAACCUCAAAAAUAAAGAAACCAAAGCUAAAAAAAGUCAGAUCUAAUUUUAUAGCUCGAGUAUAAUUAUUUUUGGCACCUACGGUCAUAUUUUUUCACUGUACUGGUAAAGUUACUUAUUUUUGCUGCAUAGUUUGACUGUUGUUCGAAAGACAAUCAAACGGAUACUGCAAUCACUUUUGGAGACAAAAUAAAAUAUCCGUAAAUCAAAUGCCAAAAUCAGAUUUGGAUUUCGCUUUAUAAAAAUGAACAUGCUGCAGGUGUCAAUGCAAAGUUGUAAACAACUCAAUAUAAGCAGUCUGUGAAUGUGCGUUUAGGUCCACAAAACUAAUUUUUCUUUUGGACAUCUCAUCCAAGCAAAGACUUAAGGCUUACAUUGCUUGUCUACGAGUGUACUACAAAAUGCUUUGCUACAGUAAGCCUCUGAGAGGCGAUUCUGGUAAAUUUAUAGGACGCUAAAAUGCAAAUAAUUCUAAGCUUAAACAACCUGGCUGGGUCCGACUUUUGAAUUACAAAAUGUUCACGUUUGCUGGCUCUACUUUAAAUGAACAUGGUUUUUGAAAUGAUUUUGUACUAUUUUAACCCGAAAAUUAUGACUGGGUUAUAAAGCUUUUAAAACGGACGAAAACUAAGCUAAUAAACAUGUUCAAUGUAAAAAACUAAGAUUUAGUCGCUUUUUCAACUUUGCUUUGUGGGCCGAAAAAUUUACCUUUACGCAAAAACAAAAGCAAACAAUGAGGCUUUUAUUCGACAUAUUUUCUCAGAAUUUUAUCUGAUCAAUUUAAUGUCACUAGCAUUGUUUUCGUAUAGGAAUUUUCCUAAUUAUAUGAGCUUUUACUUUAAUAAUUUUGAUACUCUAUAAACUUCUCAUUUGAUAGCUUCACUUUUUUAUACACCGAUUGAGAAACAAAUUCGCUCUCGUUAAAUCCUAUUUUAUGACCUAUUUAUUAGAACUCUAGGUAACAUACCAAAUGGUGUAAACGGACAGGCUUUAACCUUUGGUCCUAAUUUAUUUUUUCUUCCCAUCCCUAAUCAGUUGACGGGCCGUGGGAGAAUAUCGCCACAAAAAGAUGCGAAAAAGUUUUCGCUGAGUUUUUUACAUAUUUCGGCUUUAUAUGGGUCUACACCUUUACCUGCUUAAAAAUGAAACUGUUGUUCAAUUAAGCCAGUCAAACUCGGUAUAAUCUUGACUUGCAAAUCCAUUCUCGUCCCCAGAGCCGCUUGGCCCUCUUAACCGUCGGAGACUGAGGCCCUCGUGCUCAGUCUCCGACGGUUAAGAGGGCCAAGCGGCUCUGGGGACGAGAAUGUUGCAAAUCCAAAUGCAAAGGUUUAUUUCGCAGUAGAAGAGCGUGUAAACAUCAUCGAACAACGCAAUGUAAAUUGGCUAAUGUGAAACCACGUUUCUUUCACUUUAUUUACCAUGCAUUUAUCUCAAUUGCACACUCUUGUGAAAUUAGCCUCAGACAAUAAAAGCAGUUGCGACCUUUAACAGACUCAACAAGCCAGUAUGAAAAUAUGUUAAGAGAAGCUGAGCUCUACAUGUUCUUUUUCUUUUUUCUCAUAUUGCCCUUGCAUGUGUUAACAUUCCAUUUCUUUUUUGUUACAGGUAACUUCCAGACAUGACGAGGAGAUAAUUACUUUUCUAGAGAGCAAUUCUUUGAUACUGUCAGUUAUUACUGACUUACUUUGAGUUAAAAAGAAAGAACACAGACACUGGUAAUGACACAAAAACAUUAAUCCCUGGCAAGCCUACAAAACAAGAAAGAGGAACUCAGACUUUCUAACAGCUUUUCUAACGUAGGGAAAAUUGCGUUAGAGAGAUUUGUAAUUGCAACGUUAUAUUCAAGCACAUUGCUUUGUCAAACAUCAUAAUUUACUGAAUAAUGAACAGUGAUUUGGGGGCUUAGCUCAGUUUGUAAUGAACUUUGAAAGAUAUUCUGUAACCUUGUAUUUUUAAAAGCUUUCAUGGAACAUAGAUGCAUUUUAUUAUACAAUGAAAAUGGUCUCUGUCUCUCUUUUUACUGAUUUCAGUCAAUUCCAUUUUAUUCGCAAUGUGAAAUAGGAAUCCUAUUAAAGACUCAUUAAAAGGGGUGAGGAGUUUUUACAAUCCCCCAACAGGUCAUCUCCACGAUGACGCUGUUUUAUUACUACGGACGAAUCCUUCAGGGUUUUACUUGAAUGUGAAAAUUAGAGCUUUUGUUAUUUAAAGUUCUCUGGCCUGGGGACAACCAAAUCUAUGAAAAUGAAAGGAAUAGCAAUGACGUCAUCGUGUAACCGUACAUCAAAAGAUAAGCACUGUGAUCUGUUUAGUUUUCUUUUUUGUUUUUAGCCAGGCUUAAAAUAUCUGUAGAUUCAAGGAAUUAUAACCUGUGCGUUGAGAGCAUGCCAGAGACCAAUUUUGGCAUGCCCGGCAUGACCCAGAUUAUGGCAGGCCCGGCAUUCCAGAGAAUUUAGCAUGCCGGGCAUGUCAGAAAAUUUGGCAUGCCCGGCAUGCCGGAGAUUUUGCUGGGUAUGAAUUACUUAUUACUAGAACCUAGGCUUCUCGCGGCCUGGGUGAGAAGGUCAUAGAACCUCAAAUUAUGCUUACAGGGCAUGCGAAAUUCUGUUGCAUGCCAAUUUCAAUGCAAAACCACUCUGGGGCCACCCCGUCUAUUACCAGUGAGCAAAUCAUUGACGAUAGGCAUGCGAAAAAUCUUUACAUGCUAACCAACAAUGAAAACAUAGCAGAAAUGUCCUCAAUUGCUGAGUCAUGCCCUAGGGGAGGCUUUAAAAUACAGAAUUUCCUGACAUGGAUGAGGGAAUUUCCCCUAAACAGCAUGUGAUCAUGCCGGCUAGGACGUAUUGCCUCCGUAUUGCCCCUUUUUACAGCUAGCUAGGCUCAUUUUUAGGUUCCAUGGCCUGAAAUGACGAAAAAUUCAUGCCCUAAAUGUAAAAAGUCCAAAAACGUCCUCGAAAUUUUAGUUUCCAAGCCGUUCUUAUUGGCAAUUUAGGCUAAGUAAGUUGUUAAUUUUUAUGAAGGAAAUAAUAGAUUGUCGAUUACCAGAAAAAUAAAUAAGCUUUUUAUUUAUUCACAAUUGUGUUAUUAUAACCCUAACAAAACUGAUUACCGAAUUUAUAUAUAGUUUUAUAGUACAGUAUGUUUUUGUUGUAUUUAAAUUUACAACUCAAAGUUACACUCCUUUGUUAAAUUGUUUGUCAUAAUUUAAGUGUAACCCACAUAUAAGAAGCUACUUGAUUUUGCUUGGCUAAACAGGUUCUUGUAUUUAUGGGUAUUAAGUGGCAAUUGUCUGCCAAGAGGUUCUUAAUCCAAAGGUUCUUAUUAGCGGAUGUUUACUGUAACUGCCUCUAUAAUUAACCCAGUCAAACCUGUAUUAAGCGGUGACCAAAGUCCUGAAAUAGCUUCCCUUGAUUAUUGUAAAAACUGAUCUGUAUUUAGCAGUUACCUCUAUUGAACAGACGUGGUCACCUGUUUUCGAGGUCCCAAUGAGUAAUUUGUUAUUGUCUUUCCCUUCAUUAAACUGUCCCUUAGACAAGAUGUGCAAUACCAGUGCAAAAGGAUACACUGUAUAGGGCGUUUAGUGAUCUUUUACAGACUUACCAAGCCCCGAAAAGCAAAAAAUGUGAGAUUCUGAACCUAGAGCUGGGAAAAGUAGUAAGAAAUGGCUAAAACGUCGUGAGGUGUCCCAAAUGUCCUAGUGGAAGGACGUUCAGUGGAGAUUAUGGGUUUUGGAAAUCACUAUAUCACUUUAAAGCUGGAACAGUAAACAUCACGAUCAGUUUUACGAUUUAGUUUUUGUAAUUUGUAUGUUUUAUUGGCGCCAUCUUGAAACAAGAGAAACAGUAAGUCUGUACAUUUGGUGGCAGCGGCAAGUUGCGCGGUAGGCUAAAAGAAUAGUCGCGUUUGAUUACAUUCUAUUACAGUUUUCUUUGAGUUGAGCUGGCUUUCUAUUGAUAUCUAACUUAGAAACGACCCUACAGAUCCAAAAUUGCUUGGAGUUUGACUUUUCGAGAAAGCGUGAGAAAUCAGUUGCCAACUCGUGAAAGUGUGAGACAGGUCCUAAAAUCGUGAGACUCAUGACAAAGUCGUGAGACUUGACAAGUCUGCUUUUACUUUCUUUAUUUUGGCACAAGAAGGCUACUAACAGUUUGAGGUCAAUUUGUCAUGGGAUGGAUAUUUCGCUCUUUCACCACCUUCAUUUCCAUGACUAAUUCUUUGGUUUGCAAACCGGCCGUCAACCUGUAUUAAGCGAUUGAGUAAGCCAUUCCCAUGGAUGACCGCUUAAUACAGGUUUGACUGUAAAACUUAAUUUAUAUCAUUAUCUCUCCUUACUGUUUCAGUUUUGUAUCAUUCCUGAAUCUACAAUGAAGGUCACCAAGAAUGCAGUUACAAUUAGUGAACUAGUGAAUUGGAAUCGUUUUGAUUUAAAUAGACACACUGUUCAAGUAAGAGAUGCUGAUCCAAAUGAGCUUCAGCUUUUUAUGGAAAAGAUGCCCGCCUCUAUCAAAGGUAAGACUAUGAGUUUGAAAUGUAAUUUCCAAUACUUUUUCUGAUUGUAGUUGUGGAACAAAGAGGCACAAGCUUGAACCUCUAGCUGCAUGUACGUCAUGUAGUGUAUAAAUACAGGUAGACCAAGCUUAUGGGAGAGUUCAGGAGUUAGUUUGGUGGUUAAACCCGUACAGGCAGUCAGACAAUGAUACAGGCAGCCCAAGCUUAUGGUGUCAGUAGUGAGUUUGGUUUUGGCUUUUGAAUUUUAAGGCAUAUGGUUAAACCCGUACAUAUGUAUGGAUACAGGCAGCCCAAGCUUAUGGUGUGACUAGUUAGUUUUGGUUUUGGUUUUUGAAUUUGAAGGCAUAAUGGUUAAACCUGUACAGGUAGUCAGGCAAUGAUAUAGGCAGCCCAAGCUGUUGGUGUGGGAAGUUAAAUAGUCUGAAGGUUUUGAUUUUUGAAUUUAAAGACAUAUGGUUAAACCUCUGUUCAUGUGCAAGGGUAACGGGGCUGUAAUUAUUAAAAGUUUUAAGUGAAAUUUUCAGACACAAUGAUGAGCCAGUUAUAAAAGCACCGUUUAAUAUAAACGGUGUUAAACAAAAUCGCGUUCUGAACGCUUUAAAUUUGGUCUACUUUCGGCCUUUCCGCGUCUGUUACGCCGCAAAGUAUUAUAAUUGAUAGAAUUAACGAAAAAUGUAAUGACAUUAAGCAUUUUAAAACAGCUUUCUUAACAAAAUGUAGGAAUUACAUAACGCAAAGUGUAACAAAUUUGUAGCGCAAAACGUACUAACGUUUUUGCGCGAAAUGUUACAAACUCUUAAGCAAAAUGUAACAAAUAAAGCUGUUAAGAAAAAGAAAACCUGGCAAGCGUGAGCGUGUAAGCCUCCUUUUUAAGGAUUGUCACGAGACCCGCCAUAUCAAGGUGUUCGAUGCAAAAAUUAUUGCGCUUUGUUGAAUCGAAAAAUCUUUGAAUAUUUCUUUGCACACUUUCGGAAGGGUAAAUAAUCGAGCAAUCAAGCUUACCAAACGAGAUGGGUCUAAGAAAAACUAUUUUUACCCCUUUUAUACGUCCUGUUCUUUCAAUAGGCUUAUCGUGUUUAGUCGAUUACAUGUAAACGCUGCCCUGGAAAAAACGUUCAUUUAACGCUGUUCUCGAAUAAUCGCCGCACACAACCAGAGGAAUGCGGCGUUUAUUCGAGGAUUACAAAAACACUCGGUACAAAUGGUAGUCUACACUAGCCCUAACCACAAGUUGCUCCAAAAUUUCGAAAAAGUUGCCCGAAGUUGCUUGAAUUUUACAAAAAGUUGCUCCUUAAGUAAAAUCAAAAUGACAUGAGUGACAGCCAUUUUCGCGUUUUUAAGACAAAGGCCGCUAGUGAAUCACAAUAAUGCAAUUCAAAACUACUUCCUUCUUUGCCCUGUUUGUAAACACAACUGCUACAGGUGACAUUCAAACGUACAACUGUGGAAUGUCUUCCGUUUUCCUGCACAGUAAGAGUACCUAAUUAAGUGACUUUACUUUACACUUGAUUGCCGAGAAAUAGUUCAUGACAAUUAUUGCCCCCGCAGGGAUUUCGCCCAGAAGGCGAAAUCCCGAGGAGGCACUCUAGUAGCUCGCGCGUAUAUGAAGGAAAGUAGUUACAGUUGAAAUAUACAGUCAUACAGUCAAUAUAGAAAAAAUCUCGACUUGCUUGAACAGGGGCCGCAAGGAAUCGGUAGGUAAUGAUGAGGUUUCUAUUGUUUGCGCCCGCAAGUACGAAAUGGUUAGGAUGACGUAAAGACAGAACAUCCCCAAGGGACCGCUUAGGUCCAUUUUUUGACAUUCCUUGUGCUGUCAUAAUUCGACACUCUUUUGCGUUACGUGUUAUCAGUGACAUUCUGUGGAGCAGUUGUUUCAGUGAAAGUUUUGGACCAAAAUUUUAACGACACUCGUUAAGCGCAGAAGAAGUUAUAAGGUGCGAAUAACUGUGUAUAUAUAAACACUUGGAGAGUUUGCCAGACACGAGUUCACAAAUCUUUCAUUGGAAACCUUGCCGGACACGAUUUCUCUCUCUUUGACCGGGAUAAGACUCAGCCCCAACGAGUGAACAACGGCUAGCUUCUCACUAGCAGAACGAUGGACGAUUACAGAAAUUCGCCGACAAUCAAAUUCUGUGCUGACUUAUUCCCUGCUCACAAAUGUCCUUCCGCUAUAAAGUUUAAAAUAAGACUAGAAUGCGCGAGUGUGAUUUGAUCGAACGUCCUUUUAAUUUCUAAGGCUUCCUUUCCGGCAAAUAAAAUGAACUGAAUGUAAAAAGUGCAAGAGAAAUGGCGAAAAAUUCAACUUCUAAUUAAAUCUUUCCUUAUGGUUUAGAAUAAACUAUUCUCGAAACUGAGAAUGUUUUGAUCAAAGUUGUGUAAAUCGACCUGGAACUGUACAUGGACCCUUGCGUUUACUGUAUUUAUCUCACCUAUUGUAUGGAAUAUCUGUGAAAAUCUUCCUUAUGAAUCGGUAUAUUUCAAAGAGCUACACAACGAGCAAGAAUGCUAUUGACCGACAAUAUACAGAGCGGGGGCAGCUGCAGUGUCAACUAUUACUACUCGUAUUGGUGGCAUAAAUCAGUCAGUAUCGUGUGAAAAAGAACGCUGUGAGUCGAAAUUCCUUCAUGAGAUCAAUAUCUUUGUUCUCUUUGGUUUUCUAGCUAUUGCAGCGUUUUCAGGCUUACUUAGAUUUGCAUCAAGCUUUUUGGCUUCGCUGAUAGUAGUUAUGAGAGUUAGAGAGCUAGAAUUUUGUUCCUCUAAACUUACUGAAGAUUCAAUGUUUGCCAUCAUUAUGAAAAAGGCACGAACAGCUGACCCCAAACCACGGAUAGUUUAACUGAGAAGCAGGGGUGGGUGCUAGGUGACUGAGGGGUAGGGGAUGGGGCACAAACUUGGAUUUUCACGUUGUUAAAUGAUAUCUAUUAUUAUAACAUUAAAGAACUGAAAUGUCCUUAUAAGGAUAUAUAACAAGGCUUAAACAGUAUCAUAGGACUGUUUAAUUGCCUUAUGUUGCUUAAAAUUUAAUCAAGUUGCCCCAAAAACUAAAAGUUGCUCCAAAAGAUGCCAAAAAGUUGGCUGAGCAACUUGUGGCCAGGGCUAGUCUACACCAUUCAGACUAUUACAAUUCUAUCUUAAAAAUUAAGAAACACUGCGGCCUUUUUUAUACGGUAUAUCACGCUUCUUCCUACAUGCUUGUGCUUAUAGUUAACGUGACAUUUCAUGGCUUUAGAUUUUGGUCAAAACACAGCCGGUAUAUAAUCCCGGAUUACUAAGUUUUGACUAAGAUUUAUCGGAUCAUUAUACGUCUCUGGGAAACUGCCCACCUACCCCUCCCCUAAAGUGAAAUGUCCUCCUUCACUGCAGGAUAGGAUAUAUAUUCACGAUUCGUUUUUUUUUUCAGUCUGCGUAAAAGGACAUAAAUGUCUGUUUUUAGACACCUCUUAUGUGCCUUGCAAUAAGGAAUGCAACAUAAAAAGUUUCUCUUAGCCACUUUUCCAGUGCAUGUAACUUUUAUCGCUAUAGAAGUGACUAAGUUUUUACUUUGACUUUUUUUUUAUAUAUGUAGCUGAAGAAUUUAGUUUUUAUAUUUUACAUUGUCGCAUCUCCAGUUUAAUAAAACGUUGUUACAAUUUGCGUUAAAACGUUUUUGCAUUUUGCAUUAAAGGUUUUUACAUUACGAGUUCAUGUAAUUAUGUUACAUUUUUCUUCAGGCCUCGGUUGUUCAAAGGCUGGAUAGCGCUAUCCACCGGAUAAAUCUCUAUCCAGUGGAUAGUGUAAUUAGUUUCCCCAAUACUUAUCCAUCGGAUAGUGAUUUACCCGGUGGAUAGUGCUAUCCACCGGAUAAAUCUCUAUCCAGUGGA